UAAAAGCAAAUUACAUGAUGAAUACAAAGAAAUAUGUUGAAGUUCUGCUAUUCUUGGUUACAAUUAUAUUUAUGAUGGUGACAAUGGGUACGGCCCAAAUUGAGAAUUUCGCAUGCACGGAAUUGGGAAAUUUGUGUACAUUUGGUGGGUGUUGUCAACCCUUCUCUUGCAGCGGAUGGGUUUUUGGUCAUUGCCAAUAAGUUUAUGCAAGUCGGCCGGUCUAUUAAAGAUUUUGAGAACAUGCCUCAUUAUUCAGUGAAACAAGUGUAUGAGAAACUCCUAGGGGACAAGCCAAGGGUGCAUUGGGAUAAAAUGGUGUGGAAUAGGCUGAAUGUUCCAAAACAUAGAUUCAUUUGCUGGUUGGCUGUUCAUUCAAAGCUUCAGACUACAGACAAACUAGCAAAGAUUGGCAUUAGUCAAUCUGCUAGUUGCUUGAUUUGUGGCUUGGAUGAUGAGACUCAUCAGCAUCUCUUCUUUCAGUGCCAGUAUAGUAAGCAAAUUAUUAUAGCAGUCCAUCAGUGGAUAGGUUUCUCUAUUCAUGGCAAUUUGGUUCAGUUAGUCAGAAAAGCUGGACAAAGUAAAGCUUCAAAGUUCAGGAAGCAUGUGUAUUUUGCAGCUGUUGGUGCUGCUGUCUACCUGAUCUGGAGGUGUAGAAACACAAGUUUUUGGGAUAAUUCCAUUCCCACUGUCAGUCAGAGUAUGAAGGAUUUGAAGCAAAUGGCCAAGAGCGGAAUUCAGGUAGUUCUGCCAAAAUAUGUAAGCAAGAGAGAUAGUGAAUGGUUCACAAACUUGUAAUAGCCUUUUAGGCAUUCUGGUUGUGUAUUAGAGCUUGUUUAGCUU